CCAGAGGUGAAACAAGAAAGGGGAAAAAUUGGUGUCAUCUGAGACGUUUGUUUGAUUUGGUUUCUUUUCAAGCAUCCAAGUCUGAGUCUUUGAGCACCUUGUUGAGCCCACAGAGAAAAUUAACUUGUACGGAGUUCUCUUAUUCCAGGCACCGUCUUUCUAUGCAUCAGCCAGAAGAUCGCCGGGAAUCAAAUUGUAAGACUGAAUCACCAUCAUCUGAACACGAAGAUCUAGUUUCUUCCUUAGUUUCAACAGACCUCCUUAUGACGCUUAAAAAGGGAGAGGCAACGCUUCCAAAAGGAGGGAGUUUCGAUUGCGAUCGUAAAAUGAUACUGAUCGAAGAAGAAACUUCCACGGAACUGAUCAUGCAACGCUCCGAAUACCUCGACAAAAUAGCCGACAAUAAAGCCGUCGGAGCGGAGAAUAAACCAUGGAGCGGAGGGGCAGACGGCAAAAUUAACGCGGAAGGUAACGACCAUGGGUCGUCGACCUCCCCCGUUCGCAGCAGCAAUUUCGGCGACGAGGGCGAGCCCGGAAACGGCACUAAAGAGGAAAAAGAGUCCGAAGGCGAUGUCGAAGAAGUCAGCAUUGAAGAUGAAAAAAGUUGCUGGGAUGGAAUAAACAAAUUCCGCAAGAUAUGUGGUAGGAUGGUGAAUAACCCAUAUGUACAGGUGACCAUGAUCAUAUUCAUUUUCAUCAAUGCAGCCAUGAUGGGUUGGGCGACCUUCCCAUACAUAAAAGACAACGAUACCAGGAGGACAGCAUUCGAAAUCUGUGACCUUGUAUUUUUGAUUAUAUUCACCAUCGAACUGUUCUUUCAAUUUAUCUAUCUCGGAUUUCGAUUAAUAUUUGACCCGUGGCUUACCUUUGAUCUCGUUAUCAUUUCGAUAAGUUGGAUAACCAUAAAUCAGACCGCUGGACUGCAAAUCUUUCGUGCCUUCCGCAUCUUUCGAACCUUUCGGUUGAUUACGCGCGUCAAGGUUAUGCGGGAUCUCCUUACUGGUAAGUAAACGAGAAAUGUCUCGUAAUGUUGUUUUCACUGCUAGUUAUGCAUAAAUAUAUGAUUUUUUAUGUUUGCAUUAUUCGCAAUAUUCGCCAUACUCUCUUCUGUCCUAUGCGAUGCAAACUAACAGCGCGUUCCUUUUCAAAUUUCGAAAAUGUGCUAUUCCGGCCCGACCCGACCCGAUCCAAUGAAAUGGUUCGUUGACGAUCCCAAAUUGCAGCUCUCGGCUCGGUUGUUCCUAGAAUGUCGGCAAUUAUAUUGAUGCUUUUCCUUAUUUUGUAUAUCUUCGCAGUGAUGUUUACCCAGCUUUUUGCAGAUGCAGGAGAAAUAGGCGAAUUCCAGCAUAAUUACUUUGGAACUAUGCAGGAUACUGCUUUGACUUUAUUUCAAAUGAUGACGAUGGAUGGGUGGGCCGAUAUUAAUCGAGGUCUGAUGGACGCAGGGUACUCUUAUUCACCCGUUCUCAUCAUCGCCUUUGUGAUUAUAUCCGGCUUCAUUGUCGUGAAUCUCAUUGUUGCCGUGAUCUGUGAUGGCAUUAGUGAUCUGGAGGACGACGAAAAGCAAAAACUAGGAUUUGGCGGAGAAAACGCAAGUGCUGAUUAUGAAGAGCCAAUCGAACUUCGAGAACAAUUGGAUAUGAUCGAGGACCAAAUAGGGGACCUGACAAGAAUCCAGGCCCAAACCUUUCACACCCUGUCCUUUUUGUCACAGCAACUCCAGGCACAGAAGGAAAAGAGGGACAAACCGAACGACUCAGACGACGACAAACCGAACGAUUCAUCGAAACCAGCUGGCGGCAAGAGCAACCCCAACGGCAACCACUGUGAAGACAUCCAGAAACCAUCGGGGCAGUCCGACACACGGCAGAACUACCGAGAUAUGUGGACGCAGGAGGGCUCCAUGAAACGAUUGCGGAACGAAGCGGUUUCUACCUUUGCCAAGGCGGCGAGCGAUCUCAAGAAGGUGAGGGAAUCGGAGGGGAAAAUGUCCUACGAGCCAUCCUCUAAGACUCUGUGAUUGUGCUGCGCUACGUACGCCGAACGAGUAUUGUGGUGCAGUUACUGUCGUUUUGAAAGUUGAUAGCAUAGUUUAAUGUACAGAAUUAGUUACUGAAUACUUAGUAUCCAUAUUCCAUAAAUGCAGAGCGGAAAG